AUGCGAACGCAUCCAACGUUUUGCGUUGGUUGGCUUAAGCCGUACCAUCAGUACGCUGUUCUUCCGAUGAAGAACGCCCUUGCGCUCAAGCAUCUCACAGAGGGCCUUGUGCUCCCGAUGGUGGAUAUCAACAAGGGUCUGAAGAGCAGUUAUUUCAGCCCGAGACCGGUCAAUAUCCACACGAGCUACCCUUAG